GACGUCGGAAUCGACUGGAAGAAUCUGCUGCUAGGUGGUGGAGGGGUCAAUAUGAAUAACGGGAAUAACAAUGGUGGCAAUGGGAACAACGGAAAUGGGGGAUACGGGGGAAGGAAUGGUAUUACGUGCUAUGAGUGCGGGAAAGCAGGGCACAUAGCGCGGGACUGUUGGUCGAAACGCGGUCCCAUGAGGCCGAACCAGCAGGAUGAUGAGGUACAUGUGUUCGUAAGAGAAUUGAUGGAAGAGAAGAAAGAGGAGAAGCGCAAGAGGAUCGAAGAUGAACAGAGGAUGCUGAAGGAAGAGGAUGAUAGGAGGCGGGAGUUAGAUAUUGCCAAAAGGACGGAGGAGAUGAAGAUGCAGCUGCAAGCGGACAUUGAGGAAAAAUGGAGGAGGCAACAAGAAGAAGCAGCGAACAGAGCGAGAGAGGAGAGGCAGGAAGUGGGGAAGGAAAUUAGUCCAGGAAUAUCACCACAGAGUAAGGCUAUAACCAACGGCAAGGCGAAGAGGAAGACGCGGAGACAGACCAAGAAGAAAAAUAGAGGGAAGACAGAGGCACGUUCCUCCAGCAGCUCGGACACGAGCAAAAACUGUAGGACAUCAGCGAGCGAAUCGAGCGAAGAUUCGGAAGAGGAAGCAAGACGGAUCGUGCACAUACUCCGCGCCGAGAAGCAAAAACAAAAGCCUAGGAAGACGCAAGGAAGAGUGAGGCCAGCGAAGAGGACACCACCAAGUGUGUACGAGAAAGGAGAAUGUUCUAGACGUUCCGAAACGCCGACGGCGAAAGGAGAGACGGUCACGGAGGAACCUCGGACACCACUCACUGGAGGUCGCAAGGGCGUAUCCGCGGGAUGUUCACGGGAAGGGUUCGUCGAUUACACGCUGAAGGUUCUCCACGCGUCUGUCCUGAAGACGGAGGUCAGGCGGAAGGUGGAAUCUGUAAUUGACAAGAAAAUGGACGACCAUGCUCUGGUAGCGUUCGUUAAGAAGAAGGUGAGAAUGGUGAACACAAGGAAUAGGACAGUGGGAGAGGUGAUCCACAACCACCGCCGGCAUGCUCAUACUCAGCCGGUGAGUUGCCCCUGUGAACACCACCUUUUGACCAAGAAAGACGGGCACAUACUCACGAGAGUGUCGGAAAUAAAGAACGAACCGAUGUUUGUGCGAAAUGCGAAGAACGUGACGAGACCAGAUGAACAGAACAGCAAGAGAGACAUCAUACAAGGAAUCAGCAUGGCAAUAGCCCAUCUCAAGGGUAGGACGCAGGAGGAGAUGAACUUCGACUCCUGCGUCAAAACCGAGAACGGAAAGUGUGCGGCCUGGAUAGAGGGUGAGGUACGUAACUGGGCCUCGAAGAAUCAGGGACUAGUUUUGGUUCCUGUAGAUCGCAAUCCAGGCGACACUGUGUUGAUUUGCCCGGUUCUCUAUAGGCACGGGUUCGGAAGUACUUUCACGUGGAACCCGGACUACGAAUCGGUGGGCAAGCCGGAGGCAGAGGUCUUAGCUCGAUGUAAGAAAGAGUCCGAGGAGGCAGGACUUACGGAGAUUGGGAGAUGGAAGAGCGAUGGGAAGCUGGGAAGAUCAUAUGUGAUAUCGAAGGACAAAGAUUUGCAGCGUUGGAGACCGAUCGCCCCAGCGUGCAACGAUCCGGCAGUAUUGGUACAACGGAGAGGGGCUAGAGCCUUGCACUGCCUCGUCACGAGGUUCUCUAGGAGGAAGAAUUUUCACCUGAAAUCGACUAUGGAGCUAAAGGAGGAUCUAGAGAACGCAGGAGAGAUCCUGAGUAGAGAAGGAUGUGAUAUGGCGAUGGGGAGGUGUUACAAUAUCAAGGAGAUGUUUUCCUCGAUAUCGCAUGCGUCGGUGAAAGAUGAGGUCUCGGAUUUGGUGAUGCAUUUUGAAGAACAGGGAUGGAGGCAGGUGAGAGUUGCGACCAGAGGAAAACUGUGCCAUAUGUCGAAGACCGACCGGAAAGAACCCGGUUUUGUCACGGUUAAGCUGGACAUGAUCAGGACGAUCGUGGAAUAUGACGUGGCGGAUGCGUAUAUGAUGCAUGGCGGCGUGGUAAGGAAGCAAAUCAUUGGUAUCCCGAUGGGUAGGACCACCAGCCAGUGCUGGCCACAGUGACGUGCGCAAUGGCCGAGGCAACUUUUCUGUCUAGUCUUGGAUCGGAUAGGAGCCGUAAGACAUGUCCCUCACAAUCUCCUAUAGCCAUCUGCGUCCGUUCUCCAAGGUAAUCAGCCAUUCGUUUGCUUCAAUAUGUAGCUCCCUCUCCAAAAUCUCCUCCUUGGUAGUCAUGGCUCGCUCAAAGAACCGCGCCGCUUUUGUGCAGUAACCUCCAAUCAAUCCCCUGAUCACGU